AUGGACACCGAAGGAGAUGGUUCUGAAAGUUUACCUUCUUCGAGCUCGAAUCCAAGCGAAAGUGGUAAACGAAAGUCAUACAUUGCUAGCAAAGGAAGAACUAGAAUAUACUUGUACGAGCAAUUCGUUCCAUGGAGGGAGUUGAAAGGGGAACUAAACUUUGCUACCGACAAACAGCUUGCAGACUUCUUGAUGAAAGCAUGUUUAUCCGGACGGGAAAGUGCUGUGAAAUGGUAGGUUACGUAUGUAUAAUAGUCGUGAUAAUGUUUUUAUGGUUAUUUAUGAUUGUGCUUAUUUCAGUCAUAGUAUUAAAGCAAUCAUUGGUUCAGAUCGGUUAAAUAUUUGAUGUUUUUUCAUAUUUUAAUAGCGACGCGGGCACACAGACAAAUGUCAAUGAUGUCGAUUCAAUCUUUUCAUUUUCAUCUCCUAUGAGCCCUCGUAAGUAAUUUAUAUUCAUUAAUCUCGCAUAUUUCUCGCCUACUAAUUUAAAUUUUCUUCGUAAGCUUUUAUAUUUCGAAAUAUUUGUGUUGUUUUCAUAGUGAUGUUUUCUACUCCGGUACGUAUGAACGAAGAUGUCACAGCGACCAAAACACAUGACGAACAUUCCAGGCGGCAGCUUCUCUCGGAAUCCACGAUUUCAGAAUUAUCAAGGUAUCUUUUUGUUCAAGUCCAAUAUAAUUGUGUGCUUUAUAUUGAGAAGCAGUAGUGUAUAUUUUACUACAUCAUGAAGACAAAAAAAUUGAAAAAAUUUUUGCCAAAACAUCACAAAUUUGUGUCAAUUUUCUCAAAGCUUUGGCCAGUAAUAAAUCUUAAUUUGUUUGUAAAUUAAUAGCAAUUGCCAUUCAGUGUAUCAUUAUUUUUGUGGGCUUUUAUCAAUACAAGCAAAGUAUGUUCUUGUUACUCAAGUAAAUGUGUUCGUCGGCAUUCAAAUAGCUGCCAAUCUUAGACAUACAUAUAUAUACUAAUUGUUUACAUUUGGAUAUGCACGUUUCUGGGCUGCCUAAAAUGUUAAGGGAAGCGUCACAUAUCGAUUUUCUAAUGAGAAACUGCUAAUUUUCAAUUUUCAUUUUAAAGGCAUGAUGAAAAACGCUUACCGCUCUCGAGCACCCAGAAGUAGAAGAUUCUGACGCUGACGAUCACUUGGAUUUAGAUAAACUGGAACAAACCAGAAGUUCUUUGUAAGUCCUGGCAUACAUAUAUACAGUAUUCUUUUUUUAAGUUGAUUUUCCCAUGAAAAACUCUGGAGACCCACCCACUUCCACUUUGUCUGUUAGGGAAGGCCUGACUGCUUGCAUGCUAAUUUUCAUUUUUUAUUUUAAAGGCAUGAUGAUGAGAAAACGCUAACCUCUCUCGAGCAUCCAGAAGCAGAAGAUUCUGACACAGAUGAUAGCUUGGAUUUAGAUGAAAUUGAACAAACCAAAAGUGCUUUGUAA